AGAGAACUGCAACUAUCAAGAAGUAACCUUCACUUUAGCUUUCUAACUGUUGUGGAUUACAGAACUGGAAAUAGGAGGAGGCGUUUGAAGGGGACGAACACAGUGUGAAGUGUUUGGGUCGACCACAGACUGAACUUUUCUGUCACUGAUGACUCAUUUUACAGAGAACACAUUUUGAGUCUCAGCCAUGUGGACACAGCAGAGAAACUUCUUCUAUUUGGCCAUCGUCUCAUAUCUGUCUGCAUCUUCAGCUGCUGCAGACGCUCAGAUAAGAUUAGUUAAUCGAGAUAAGUCUGGGUCAACUCGUUGCUCUGGACGAGUUGAAAUCAAUCACAACAACAGAUGGGGAACAGUCUGUGAUGAUGGCUGGGACAUAAAUGAUGCUGAGGUGGUCUGCAGACAGUUAGACUGUGGACCAGCACGGAAAGCCCCACGACCAUCUCACUUUGGUAUAGGAACAGGACAAAUCUGGCUGGAUGAUGUGUCCUGUUCAGGAAGUGAAAGUUCUCUAACUGAGUGUCAGCACAGAGGAUUUGGGACACACGACUGUACACACAGUAAAGAUGCUGGUGUCAUCUGUUUAGGAAUCAGAUUAGCUGGGCCUCAGUCAACUCGUUGCUCUGGAAGAGUUGAAAUCUUUUACAACAACAGAUGGGGAACAGUCUGUGAUGAUGGCUGGGACCUAAAUGAUGCUGAGGUGGUUUGUAGACAGUUAAACUGUGGAACAGCUCUGAAUGCCACUAAGUCCACUCAUUUUGGUGAAGGAACAGGACAAAUCUGGCUUGACGAUGUGUCCUGUUCAGGAAGUGAGAGAUCUGUGACUAAGUGUCAGCACAGAGGAUUUGGGAAACACAACUGUACACACAGUAAGGAUGCUGGUGUUGUCUGUUCAGGUGUGCCAGUCAGAUUAACUGGGUCCACUUGUUGCUCUGGAAGAGUCGAAAUCUUUUACAACAACACUUGGGGAACAGUCUGUGAUGAUGGCUGGGACUUAAAUGAUGCUCAGGUGGUCUGCAGAGAGUUAAACUGUGGAACAGCUCUGAAUGCCACUAAGUCCACUCAUUUUGGUGAAGGAAGAGGACAAAUCUGGCUUGAUGACGUGUCCUGUUCAGGAAGUGAGAGAUCUCUGACUCGGUGUCAGCACAGAGGAUUUGGGACACAUAACUGUACACACAGUCAGGAUGCUGGUGUUGUCUGCUCAGUGAUCCUCCCAAAGCCCAGAAUCUUCAUGAGUCAUGCUGGUAAAGUUGAGCGGAGAAGCAACGUCAGCAUCACUUGUUCAAUAUCACCUCAAAGCCAACAGCUUCUACAAGGAGAAUUUACUCUGAAGCAGAUUUCAGGCUCAUUCAAUCAGACAAAACCAUCAACUACCAACUCUGCUACAUUCAAGAUCCUCCAAGUAGAUUUUGACAAGGAUGGAUUGUACCAGUGUGAAUAUUCACACGGCUCCAGCAUCUCCACAAGUGACUCUGUCAACAUCUCUGUUACUGGUAAUAAAAUUUACUAUUGUUUAUAUUCAGUGUUGGAAAAGUGA